AAAUAAAAAGCUUAAUCUACAGCCACAAACAUUUUCUAAAGGUUCCCAGAGUAUUUUCAUGGCUGUUAUUGAAAUGUGGGGAGCAGCACUUCAGUCUGAGGUAAUGUAAUCUGUGAUCUGCUGAACAGAAGUUAAGAUACAACCUCACCCAUCUUGUUUUGUAGGAUAAUUUGCUUUACCUGGAACAACAAGACACAAACUGAACUGAGCAUAAGAAAAGAUUCAACAGUUUCUCUUUCAAAAUAAUUUAGUUUUGUAUUUUAUCACGUUCAAUAAGAAUAUUUCAUAUAUUUAAUUAUGUAGUAUUUAAUUAUGUUAUCCAUGUUUUUACUUUGAUACAAAAGGUUGAAGAAGAGCUGUAUUCUGAUUACACAUUAUUUAGGUUUUAAAAAAAUUCAUGCAUUUCUGCACAUUCACACAGUGAAGUUCAUGUUAAUUGCACAAUGACUUUAAUCUUUAACCCUUUAACCACCACAGUCCUGCAGAUAUAUUUGUAUUUUCAGCCUUUAUUCACAUGAAUGCAUUGACUGUAGCUGACAAUGAUUCUUAUAAAUAUUAUUUUGACCUGACACAUUCGAUUUAUUAGAUGAAAUGUCAUUUCACAGCAGCUGUUGGUGUUUCACCUCCUGCUAACAAGAGUGAAUAAAUCCCAUAUAUGAGUUAAAGAGACUAGAAAUGCACUGAGAGCGGUGUUUGCAUAGAAAACAGCUCGGUGUUUGUGUGUGGCUGCAGGCCCCGGGACGGGACGACUCUCAGUCAGUGAGAGGCACCAGGCUAAAGGCUAAAGGAGCUCAGAGACUGCUGCUGUAAUCCCCGGAUGAAACCAUCAUGGCUGCCACUCGCUGAGCUGUCAAGCUCUCCACAAAAGAAAAGGUAAAAAAAAUAAAAAAAUACCCGAGACAACUCCACAAAUAACUACAGCGGUGUUAUUUCUUACCUCCACCCGGUGCGUUUAGCUGCAGCAAGAACUCGAUGCAAGAAAGCUGAACACUCAUGGAUUCGAUGGAUGUUUCUGCAGCUACGUCCACAGGAGGCAACAAACAGCGUUUCAACAGCAAGAGGAAGAAGAAGAGAAGAAACUGGCACAAACGGCUCCACCUCAGGAAGACUGCCCUUCAGCCCCCAACUAUGCAAAGUAAAGAUAAGCGAGGACCAAAGAAGAUAGCAGAGGAGUGGGAGCAGAGCAGAGCGUGGCCUUCAUCGAAGACGACCUCCCAGGAAGCACAUCAGAGUCAGAGCAGGACAGACGACAGCGGAAACACACUCAGGUUCACGUGCUCGCAAUGCACGGACAACUUGGAAUAUGUUCCCAAAGACUUAGUGAGACACUUUGAGGAAAAGCACAGAGGGAGCCCUCCGGUGUUUUCCUGUCAUACGUGUGCUUUUAAGACGCACGAGUUCUCCUACCUACAGGUUCAUCUGCUAAGCCACAAGGACACUUUUUCUAGUUGCAGCAUUUGUGACGACAACGUUCAGCGCACAUGGCCAGAGUUCAGUGCACACCUGACUAUGUGUCACUGCCAGAACGGCAAAUAUUCAUGUGAAAUAUGUCAGAAAUUCUCCACAGGUGAUGCAAGAGUAUUUUUAGAGCACAUGUAUGUACAUAAUUUCAACCUGGAGGGAGCUAAUGACGAUCUAUCGCUGCACACAAAGACUCAGUUUGGGCCUAAAGCAACCACUCAGACAUUACAUUGUCAGCACUGUGGCUAUGAGGCAUCUCAGAAAUGGUUGAUUACCAAGCACGUCAAAGCUGUCCAUGUGUGCCAGAAUGGUAACCAGAGGAAGAGGAAGGAGGAGGUUCAUUCCAGAGCGAUGAAACCAAAUGACCCGGUCCCAAAAAUGAAGCCUAGAUUAACAAGAAGUGCAGUUAAGGAAAUGUGCUGGCUGACAGAGGACUGCCUGUCUCUGCCAGGGAGAGAAUUCCUGGAUAAAUACUGCCAUCUGUCAGAUCCACAAACAACACUAGAGGAGACUCAGCAGUUCUUGAAAUCUGUCGCCGGGGAAACCGGUGACCAGAAAUGGACCAAGGCGCUUAAAACUGUUUUAUCAAACGUCCCUCAAGACAUGAAUCUUCACCCAAAGUCAGAGAACGGCAUCAUGUCGAACUCGUCGGAUCUGACUGUCCUCACGGUCAAGAACAAGAUAACAGUAGCACAGAACGGCGCCACUUACGCCAAAAGGUUGAGAAGGAUGGCGCCGUCGGAUAAAGAAACAGUUUUUCCUGAAAGUGCUGCUGAUGAUGCUCGGUGUGUAGUCGACCAAAAUGGGUGUCAGUCAAAUCUUAAUGAGAAUAUAAUCAGUCCGCAGACUGAAACCAAACUACAUGACGUCUUGGCGUCAACCCAGAGCGAGGCGUCGGAGUGCACACGAAUGCAGGAAAACAGGGAGAAUCAGGAAGUAAAAACUGAUCAGGAAAUCGAGGAACAUGGUAAGAAACACCAGGAGUCCACGCACGACGAUGUUCUCAAUAUCUCCAGCGAGCUGAAGUUGACGAAUGACACCGCAGAGCAGCCGUCCGUUCCUAAAGUCCUCCAAAAAAAUAAGAGACGAAAUCGACGACGGAAGAGAAAAAACAGGCGUAAAAAAGUGGAUCAAAGAUUAUCAGAGCUGCCCUUAAAGAUAGUGCUGAAGAAGAAUCCUGUGAAGGAGAAACAGUGGGUGUCGCAGAGCUCUUUGUCUCCAUCAGGAGGAGGUCCCGUGGACGACUAUUGCAGGCUGCCAAGUCCUCAUACAGCCGUGGACAAGACGGCACAGAUUCUUCUGAAUGUGCCGCAAGCAGAAGUUCACCAGAAGAAAAUGACUAAAGCUUCCAAGACUGAUCCAACUGAAGACAUCACCUCAGUUCAACAAUCAAAGCCAGGAGUGGGACUCAUCUCCAGCUGUGCUGCAAAGCCGACGGGGUCUAAAAAUAUGGACGGAAAUGAGUUUGAAGGCUCGCCGUCGACCCGUCAAGAAAUGCAGCAUGACACAGAGAAGUCAGCGCAGUUCUCCGAAACAGAAGCUGACAAGAGAAGCUCAGCUGCCAAGACAGGACAGUCAAAUUCAGGAGGUGUAGCAGAGGCAGGAGCAGAGAUGUGCCCCAAGAAGGAAGCGCUCCAGACGUCAGGCAGCGGCGUGGACGGCCAUGUGUCGGACGAUAAGAGGAGUUCAGCAGCUGACGGAGCGACUCCUCAUGGCACUUCCCCUGUUUCCCAACCUGUCAUUACACCACAGGGAGACGUGAACCUGGAGGAUUCUAGCCUUGCUCUGUCCUUAGACCAGAGUCACCAGAGAGACAGAGAAGUGCCUGCAGACUCCUGCCCACAUCUCACCCAUUUGUCCCUGGGGAAAGCCAUCCAACAGGAGCCCUCACCAGCCUCUGGGCAUCAGGUGGCAACCGGUCCCAAAAAACCAGGAGAGGACCCUGAAGUUAGUAGCCAUAAAUCCAUCUCAGCUGGUGAAGCGUCCGUCGGGAGACCAGCCUGUUGUGGUGCUAAAUCAUCCAGAUGCUGACAUCCCAGAGGUGGCCAGGAUCAUGGAGGUCGUCAACAGGUACAGAGGGGAGGUGCAGAAGGUCACGCUGUCCCGCAGGACUCUGAACGCGCUCUCAGCCAUGAACAGCGAGGUCCCUGAGAGACCUGACCCGACAGACGCCCAGCCUGACUCCACAGGUAAAAGCUCUGUGCAGGAGAGGUUUAUUUUGAAGUUGAAGCUUCGCAGGUUGAGCAGGAAAAAGUAUGAAGUGGUGGGCGGGGUCUCUCCCAGCAGGGACAACGCUGCGACAACGUUUCGCUGCUGGUUUUGCGGCAGGGGCUUCGCAAGUCAGGAAAUGUGGAUGGUCCAUCGGCAGCGACAUCUGAUGGAGUGGAAGAGGCCAAAAUGUGAAAACUCUUGAAUGUCGCACACACUGGAUGAAAGACAAAACUAGUCUGGAAUAAGACUUCUAACUUUGCAAUACAAGAAAACAGUAAAGGAAACCGUGAUGGCCAGUCUCCUCAGUUUUUCAAGGUCUUAAUUAUGAGAGGUUGUUGUUGAGGAGAAUCAAAUCAUUGUUUCUGGAGGGUUCAAGUUCUCAGGGUAAUUUAAACAUUUACCUUCGUCUCUCUCCCAGUAUGAGUAGCUUGACUCAAACUCUUUGUAGAUGAGAAUUUGUGCAGCCACGAGGACGUGGUGUUGACAGUUUAGUUCUUUGUAUUUUUUGUAUUUUGUCUACGCAAUAGCUUUAUUUAAAGUGAUUUAAGUACACUGUCUUAUUGAAUCUUUUAUAGAACACUGUAAUAUUGUAUAUUUGCCAUACCAUCUGAGUUUUAUGGAUCAGUUUAUGUACGGGUAGGCUAUACAGUGUGGUAGCUAUAAUAUUUAUGUUUUUUGGAAUGGGACGCAGAGACCCACAGGUUACUCAGAUAUACCAAAACUGUGUGUGUAAAUGAAAAGAAAAAAAAAAAGAAAGACAAUAAGCUGUUUUAUUCAACAUUUAUUUAUGACUUUAGACUUAGUCUUUAUAUUCUUUUCUUUAUGCUUGUUUUUGGGCCUUUUGAAGAAUCAGCGUAUUUGUAUGAUUUUUGUAUAAACUCCAAAUGAUUUACAAUGAUGGUAUUAUCUGUCAGAGAUCUAUUUUCAUGCAUUCAUUCAGGGGGAGCAGAUAUCCCUAAAGACACCAUUAGUUUAAAAAAGUAAACAGAUGUUUUCUGAUGUAGAUUAAAUACAAAACAAUAAUUUCUUCUGAAUCUGGAUUUUUAAAGAUUGAGAGG